AUGCUGAGCAACACCCCUAAGAAACCCGACAAACAGGAGAUCUGUCACAAUGUCAAGGCUGUGGUGCGAUGUCGUCCCCUCAGCAAGAAGGAGGAGAAGAUGGGCCACCAACACGUAGUCAUCGUGGACGAGAUCUGUGGCAUGGUAACGGUCAAAAAGCCGGAGAGCCCGAAGGAGCCUCCCAAGAACUUCAACUUUGACAUGGUGUUUGGACCAGACAGCAAACAGGUGGAUGUCUACAAUCUCACAGCCCGCCCCAUCAUUGAGUCAGUAUUGGAGGGUUACAACGGCACCAUUUUUGCUUACGGGCAAACUGGCACAGGAAAAACGUUCACAAUGGAGGGUAUGAGAGCGGUGCCAGAACUCAGAGGGAUUAUCCCAAACUCCUUUGCUCAUAUUUUUGGUCACAUUGCCAAGGCAGAUGGAGAUACGAGGUUCUUGGUUCGUGUUUCAUACCUGGAGAUUUACAACGAGGAAGUCAGGGACUUGUUGGGCAAGGAUCACACAAAGAGGUUAGAGGUGAGAGAACAGCCAGGGGUCGGCGUGUACAUCAAAGACCUGUCGAGUCACGUCGUGAAAAAUGCUGACAAAAUGGACAGGAUUAUGACACGGGGACACAAAAACCGGUCUAUUGGAGCCACAAACAUGAAUGAACACAGCUCACGUUCGCACGCCAUCUUCACCAUCACUAUUGAGUGCAGUGAAAAGGGUGUCGAUAAGCUGGUGCGAAUGGGAAAACUUCAUCUGGUCGACCUGGCAGGUUCAGAAAGACAGAGCAAGGCCGGAGCCGCAGGUCACCGUUUAAAGGAGGCCACAAUGAUCAACCUCUCCCUCUCCACACUGGGUAAUGUAAUCUCUGCCCUGGUGGAUGGCAAGAGCACACAUGUCCCUUACAGGAACUCUAAACUAACCCGACUUCUGCAGGAUUCACUUGGAGGAAACUCAAAGACCUUGAUGUUUGCAAACAUAGGCCCUUCAGACUACAAUUAUGAUGAGACCAUCAGUACCCUGCGCUACGCCAGUAGGGCUAAAAACAUCAAGAACAAAGCCCGGAUCAAUGAGGAUCCUAAGGACGCCCUGCUACACCAGCUACAAAAGGAAAUUGAGGAGCUUAAGAACAAACUAGAGGGAGGUGAAGACAUCUCUGGUUCAGAGGGCAGUGGUUUGGAAGAGAUGGGUGAAGGUGAAAACGAAGGACGGGAGGCAGGAGAAGGCCGCAGGAGAAGAAGCAACAGGAAGAAGGUUUCUCCGGAGAAGAGGGCAGAGAUGCAAGCAAAGAUUGAACAAGAGAGUAAGGCUUUAGGCAUGGAGGAGGAGGAGAGGAAUAAGGCAAGAGCAGAGCUGGAGAAAGAGGAGAAGCAUCUGCUUAAAGCCCAGAAACUGCAUGACCUUCUGCAGGAGAGACUGUCAUUCCUAGAAGAGAUGGUGAUUGUUGGCGGGGUAGACCUCUUAGCCAAAGCUGAGGAGCAGCAGAAGCUCUUGCAGGAGUCCUACAACGAACUUGAACAUCGUCGCAGGAGAGAAGAGCAGCUGCGGAGGGAGCUGCAGGAGAAAGAACAGGAAUGCACGGACUUGGACGAAAAGUACACAAGUCUGCAGGAAGAGGCUAAGGGAAAACACAAGAAAUUGAGGCAAGUAUGGACCAUGCUGCAGGACGCCAAAUUCCAACAGGCAGAUCUAUCAGAGGAGCAUGACAGGGAGAUGGAAGAUCUCCAGGAGAACAUCCACCAGCUGAACAGAGAACUCCAAUACCAGAUGGUCAUUAUAGACAAUGUUAUUCCCAAGGACUUCCAGGAGAUGAUCGAGAAUAAAGCACACUGGAAUGACGAAAUUGGAGAAUGGCAACUGAAAUGUGUCGCGUUUACUGGAAACAAUAUGAUAAAACAGACCCGUGCUCCUGACAUCAAAGAUCUGUUUGAGGUGGAUCUGACCCACGUGUACUCGUCCUACAUAGACUGGAGCGCACAGCAGUCACUGAUGAACCUGGAAGAUAGUGGUCGACCUAAGACUGUACAGGGCAAAUUAUCGGCAAAGUCAGACACUGUGAUCAAAUCCCUUCUGCAGUAA